UAUACACACAGAGAGCGGAGCAGCGCUUUGGGUAUAGUAGAAGGUGCUCUACAGCGGAAGAAAUCCAAGCAGGCGCAGACACCUUCACGCACCGAGCAGAGGUUCGCGGCGCGGUUCGUGCGGUGGCCAGGACCCAAUCUUUUAAAACCAUGCUGGAUUGACUGCAGAGAGGCAACUACAAUCAAUGGCUUGGCUUUGAAAUCGUUCAAAAUUUAUUGGAAAGGAGCGUGAGAGACAGUGAGAGAGGAGAGAGAGCGAGAGGGAGAGACGCGAGAGAGUGGCGAGAGGGGUGGAAAUAAAGAUCCGUUCAACGAUGGAGCUUACAAUGGAAAACAUUGGAAAUCUGCACGGUGUAUCUCACUCCCAUCAAACGAGCGACUUAAUGAACUCCCCGCACGCGCGCCAGUCGUCGGCGUCGCAUCGGAACUUGGUGUCGCACGGACGGUCAGCCAUGGUGUCCAGCAUGGCCUCGAUACUGGAGGGAGCGGGGGACUACCGCACAGACCACGCUUUGUCCGGCCCCCUGCAUCCAGCGAUGACCAUGUCGUGCGACUCCGGGAUGAGCCUGAGCAGCACCUACACCACGCUGACGCCGCUGCAGCACCUGCCCCCCAUCUCCACCGUCUCGGAGAAAUUUCACCAUCCACACCCGCACGCUCACCAUCAUCCGGCGCACCAGCGACUCGCAGCCGGCAACGUCAGCGGCAGCUUCACCCUGAUGAGAGACGACCGGAGCCUCGCCUCCAUGAGCAACCUCUAUGGCCACUACCCCAAAGAUAUGUCCGGCAUGGGGCAGCCUCUCUCCCCUCUCUCCAACGGUCUUGGGUCUUUGCACAGCUCCCAGCAGACGCUCGGCGCCUACGGCCCCGGAGCUCACCUCUCCAACGACAAGAUGCUGUCCUCGGGAGGCUUCGAGUCGCACGCCGCUAUGCUGUCCCGGGGCGAGGAGCACCUAGCGCGGGGUCUUGGGGGACACGGAGCCGGGCUCAUGACAUCUUUGAACGGCAUCCACCAUCACAGCCAUCCGCACUCUCAGGCAAACGGGUCCAUGCUGUCAGACCGGGACCGACAGACGGUGGUGGGAGGUGGGCAGGGAGCCGGGUCGGGGCAGGUGGAGGAGAUAAACACCAAGGAGGUGGCUCAGCGAAUAACGGCAGAGCUCAAGCGGUACAGCAUCCCCCAGGCCAUCUUUGCUCAGAGGAUCUUGUGCCGGUCCCAGGGAACCCUGUCUGACCUGCUGAGGAAUCCUAAACCGUGGAGUAAACUCAAGUCUGGCCGGGAGACGUUCAGGAGGAUGUGGAAGUGGCUCCAGGAGCCCGAGUUCCAGCGGAUGUCAGCGCUCAGGCUUGCAGCCUGCAAGCGCAAAGAACAGGAGCAACACAAGGACCGCAACACGGCGCCCAAGAAGCAACGCUUGGUCUUCACCGACCUGCAGCGCCGCACGCUCAUCGCCAUCUUCAAGGAGAACAAGCGCCCCUCCAAGGAAAUGCAGAUCACCAUCUCCCAGCAGCUCGGCCUGGAGCUCAGCACCGUCAGCAACUUCUUCAUGAACGCCCGGCGCCGCUGUGUGGACCGCUGGCACGACGACCACGGCACCAGCCCCGGCCAGCCCGGCACUUCUGCCACCACCUUCUCCAAGGCCUGAGAGGAGGCGAGGGCCUUCAGAGGGCCGGGGAGCCAGGUCGGAGCCUGUGAAGCCCGUUGGUAACAAGCCGGCCUGGCCUGGACCGUCUGAAUGUGUCCUCCGCCCCGAAGUCCCUUGUGCCAUGCAAUCAUCUUUUGUUGUCAGAAUUUCAAGCUCUCACCUGAAACAAGCAUAAUCUAAGGGUGAAUUGUGAAGUCAGGUCCACUUUGCAUUACUCACACAAGGACAAUCAUUGAUUCUGUCUUUUUUGAAAGAAAAUCAUUUUUAUGGCAUCUGACAAAGUAAAGAGACACCAAAGAUUAGAUGUUUUUGUCGGACGGUGUUCUGAAUUAUGCCGGCCUCCUCCCUCGUCGAGCAAGUAGCCGCUGAUUCUGCUUCUCCCUCCCCGCUCGCCUCCUUUGUGUCUGCCUCCUUGCUCCCCUCUCACACGUCCCCACCGCGCCGGCACACGGAAGCAACAAGGGCGAAAGAACGGCAAUAAAUCUGACAACAGAACAGCACACAGCCUUAUUAUCCGAGCCCCCGUCCUGCACACGCGAGGCCGCCACAAAGGAAACCACGCAAACCUAUGAAAAAAACAACAAGGCUUCCCGGUUCGCCGUCUCUACCUCCCCCUCCUCCUGUAGUCUCCUUCAUUCCUCAGCCAAAGGUAUUCCCUGAUGGCCAGCCAUUUCAGAGAGCAGCUCAGCCUGAUCAUACGGCAAACUAAUGAAUUGAAAAAUGAAUCGAUGCAGACGGAGAGAGCGGUGCCUUGACCCCUCCUGAAGGUGAAACUCAAGACCCUUGGCAGCAGAUACUCAGGUCUUCCAGGCCCAGGUCUAUAUUUUUUGCACAGAUGUUGAAGGCCUGUAGGGAGACAUGUCGCUGUUCCUCUUAGCCUGAGCCUAGAGUCUGCGUUUCUCUGACCAACAGGAGAGGUGGGUGAGAUGUCUGGACACGCUCCUUGUUCUGCUGGGAGCUUUUCCUCUGAUCAAUAACGGAGAACCGAGCGGCGACGACAACGCGCUCGGGCAUCCAGCCAACUACAUUACAGCUGCAUACGAGGAGCAGCGUGUAAGAGGAGCACACGGAACCCAGUGGAGAUGGGGACACAAAGGCCUCACUACUACAGCAGCAGCACACCUCUCCCUCCCUGGUCCUGCCCGUGCUGACAGAGCAACAGUGCCCCCUGCUGUCCACAGCAGAGACCUGAAUCCAGCAGAGCAAGGGGGUUCAGAGUGGAGGAGAGGGAGGGAAGAGCCACUAGAUGCUGAGGAGAAGUCAUGGCACAACACAUUCGGGCCCUCGCAGCUCUUUGAAGGCAGAUCAAUAGCUAACCAUUAUCCUAUUGUUGUUCCUCAUCCAACCAGCACCGGUGAAGCUGAAGGAGGGGGAUGGUUAAACUGAACGCUGAAAACACAGGGAUUUAGCAAAAAGGCAGGGAUUUAUUUAACCAAUCCGAAUCUGAAAAAUGACAAAAUUCAAACACGAACGACAAAACGAGGGGAUAGAAAGGUGCAAAAGAGAGAAGGUUUCCAGAGACAGACACGUCUUAGGUGCAGCGGAGGCUUAAUCUACAGGAUUUUUCGAUCUUCCCAAACCAUUUGUUUCCAAAAAGGCCGAUACGAGGCCAGAGUCAAGCCGAAUCCUCUGGUUUUUCUCAUAGAAGCCGCCUCCAGCCGCUAACGCCACACUCACUUGUCCAAAGCAAACAAUAAUUAGUGCCAAUGCUUACUGCCUUAAUGCAAAUCACAGAAUACGGUACUAGGGUUCACGCAGAGCUGGAGAGGCCCGCAGGCGAUGGGCGACGUGUGCCAUAGCAGCCAACAAUCAGCUUUUAAGUGAAUUAAAUCUACUUUUGUAUUAAAAGCAAGAAAAAAAAGAAUUCGAUUUUAGGGCAUACAAUAACCAAACCUCAAACGACGGUGUGGGCGACCACGCACGCAGGCUGUGUCACAAACUCCAAGAAAUGUCUCCAACACGUCACUGGACAGAUUUUGAAGGGGAAGAAAAGUCUCUCUCAUUCUAUCUUUGGUUCUCUACCUCCUGUCCCUCUAACCCCGUUGCCCUCUCUCUUUCUCUCUUGCUCUCUAUAUUGAUGCGGGUAUUUAAUUAGUACCAUAGACACAAAGUUUCUAUUUCUUGUUACUAUUGUGCUCUGUUGUGCAUAAGUAAGGCACCUUGUUGAUAAAUCAAAAACAAAAAAAAAGGGAGGACUUUUUAAAAGGAAAAAAAAAGAGGGAUGCAAGAAUGAGACCACGGAAGGACAGGAGUUUUGCGCAUUCUAUGUGAAUAUAGACCGGGAGGAGACAUUCAUCACAAGAAGGAGCAAAAGAAGAAAAACAGGGAGCUGCUGAAGAGAGGGAACGACGGACGCUUUCUCUCCUUCGGCCAAUCGUGUCUGAACUAUGGUCCUCUCAGCCCCCUUCAAACUGAGCCUCGAGAGCGGGGUGAACGUGGGG